GCGGGGUCAGCGGCCGGCGAGCGCGGCGCGCCCCUCGGCUCAGCCGGUGGAUGGUGACCGCCCCCUCGGAGAGCCCGCACAGACAUGGCGGAGAGUUGGCUGCGCCUCCCAGGAGCGGGGCCCGCAGAGGAAGCCGCGCCCGAAGGCGGUCUGGAGGAGCCCGACGCCCUGGAUGACAGCCUUACCAGCCUGCAGUGGCUGCAGGAGUUCUCCAUUCUCAGCGCCAAGGCCCCCACCCUGCCCCCGGGGGGCGCCGACCCCCACGGCUACCACCAGGUGCCAGGCUCGGUCGCGCCCGGGUCCCCCCUGGCGGCGGACCCCGCCUGCCUAGGGCCGCCGCACACGCCAGGCAAGCCCACGUCGUCGUGCACCUCGCGGAGCGCGCCCCCAGGGCUGCAGGCCCCGCCCCCCGACGACGUGGACUACGCUACCAACCCGCACGUGAAGCCGCCCUACUCGUACGCCACGCUCAUCUGCAUGGCCAUGCAGGCCAGCAAGGCCACCAAGAUCACCCUGUCGGCCAUCUACAAGUGGAUCACGGACAACUUCUGCUACUUCCGCCACGCCGAUCCCACCUGGCAGAAUUCCAUCCGCCACAACCUGUCCUUGAACAAGUGCUUCAUCAAAGUGCCCCGCGAGAAGGAUGAGCCGGGCAAGGGGGGCUUCUGGCGCAUUGACCCCCAGUACGCCGAGCGGCUGCUGAGCGGAGCCUUUAAGAAGCGGCGGCUGCCCCCAGUCCACAUCCACCCUGCCUUUGCCCGCCAGGCCUCACAGGAGCCCAGUGCUGCCCCCUGGGCCCGGCCGCUGACCGUCAACACCGAGGCCCAGCAGCUGCUUCGGGAGUUCGAGGAGGCCACAGGGGAGGCGGGCUGGGCUUCAGGCGAGGGCAGGCCUGGGCACAAGCGCAAGCAGCCGCUGCCCAAGCGGGUGACCAAGGUCCCGCGGCCGCCUAGCACCCUGCUGCUGACCCAGGAGGAGCAGGGCGAGCUGGAGCCCCUCAAAGGCAACUUUGACUGGGAGGCUAUCUUCACCCUGGACGGAGAGCUGAGCUCCCUAGAGGGCCUGGAGCUGAGCCCUCCGCUGAGCCCCGCCUCGCACGGUGACAUGGACCUCACCGUCCAUGGCCACCACAUCGACCGCCCCACUACCUGGGGGCCCCCGGUGGAGCAGGCUGCCGACAGCCUGGACUUUGACGAGACCUUCCUGGCCACGUCCUUCCUGCAGCACCCCUGGGACGAGAGUGGCAGUGGCUGCCUGCCCCCCGAGCCCCUCUUUGAGGCCGGGGAUGCCACCCUGGCUGCCGACCUGCAGGACUGGACCAGCGUGGGCGCCUUCUUGUAAGAGGCCAGGCCCCGCCCCACCUCCAGACAGUGCCCAAGUGAGGACCCAGCACUGCCCCCCAGCACAGGUUCACGGACACCCCACCGCCCAGGCAGAGGCUGUGCUGGGUCUCUCGAGGCUGGCCCCAAGAGGC